AUGUCCUCCCCACCGACAAGGACGCUCACCGACUUCGAAAUAAAGUUGCUUUCUUUUGGCUCAAUCCGAACGGUAAGCUUUACCGAAGAUCAUUUACCAGCUCGUAUCUGCUGGUCGCACACCCCCACCAAGUACCGAGCAUCAUCGAAGAGCUUCACACCGGUGACAGUGGUUGUCACUCCGUGGGGCAUGAAUGUCGUUGGUAAGCUCCCCGUUGCUCCCGAUGGGUUCAAGUUCCUCUUAACUGCCAUCGACUAUUUCUCCAAAUGGGUCGAAGCCGAGCCCUUGGUAACUAUUGAAGAAACAGAUGUCAUUCGGUUCGUUUGGCGAAAUAUCAUCUCUCGCUUCGGUGUUCCCUUCGCCAUCAUCACGGACAACGGGCGGCAGUUUACCUGUCAGAAAUACCGAUCUCUAUUAGAUGAAUAUGGCCUCAACUAG